AGGUACUAUUUUUGUUGUUUCUAAACAAACAGUAAAACUUCUAAACAAAAGUGAUUUAUGGACAAGACAAAUUGAUAUUAUUUGCGACCGGAUGAUAAUAGUUAUUACCAUAUCAUAUUUGGUUAUUAGUAUCACAAUUCAUAAUUUGUAAAAGAAACCUCUUAGUAAAUGAGCUCUAAAUCAGAAAUGUUAGGACUUCGGAAAGCGCUAUAUAAAUGUGAUAUUUGCGGUAGACGCUUAAUGAGCGCAAAGUCCUUCAAAAACCAUCAAGAUUUAGCUCAUAAAGAAAGAAGAAAAAGGAAAUCUGCUGUUAAGAAAAAAAAGAAUGUUAGACGGGCAAAGAUUGUGUUUGGUAAAGUCAAAAUAUCUGCAAGUCCAAGGCAAAAAAAUAUAGUUUCCCGACGGCCAAAAGCAGCCAAAGCAACUGUGAAGGACAACGACGGUUCUGCAGCAAUUUUAUCGAAUCCUGUUGAUGUGUCAAAUGUAGAAUACGAAUGUCCAAUAUGUAUGAAAAUAUUUCCUGCAUAUUUCUCUGCAAGUAUGCAUAUUCAAAAAAAUCACUGUACACAAGUUAAAUAUGUUGCUAAAAGUAAGACAAACACACGAAAGUCCAAGGAUCUGUUAGAGCCACUUUUGAAGGAGAUUUGCAUGAAAUGUAACCAAAGAAUAUCUGCAACAGGGUCCCAUAUCUGUUCUGAAAUUGUAGACGAAAAUGAGAUGAUAUCAAAUAUGAACUAUACAUGCUCUGGAUGUAAUCAACAGUUUACUAGCUUGAUAUUAUUUGACCUUCAUGUCAUAAAAUUUCAUGGCAAUGGAGUGGAGACCAUGUUCAUUCCUAACAUGAAUGGUAUGUUUAUACUAAUUCAACUAAAUUAUUUUUAUACCUAAUAUUUUUUUUGUUAUCCAUUCAUUACAUGUAUUAGUCAUGUAGUGGCAGAGUAGAGAUCCACAGUAGAGAGUGUAGAAUAUCCACUACCCCAUAUUGUCCCAUGUGUGUUGUAAGAGGUCACAGAGGGAAAUUUAAACAGAAGAUGCGAACAAAACAUUUUCCUAAUAACAACUCAAAAUUUUAAAAAACGCCUGCCAAGCAUGGCAACUAUGGCAAGAUCUUCCCUAUGAGGAUAUCUAUGGAUGAGUCCUAUAUGUGGCAGAUGACUUAUAGUUCACUGCUGAACAUAGACCCAGAUAAUUUAUGCAGGAAGCCUAUGUUGAGCAGUGGAUUGUUAAUAGGCUAUAAUGAAUGAAUGAAUUAAUGAAAUAUAGUGAAUCUAUUUCAAAUUUCAAUCACUCGAAGCCAUGCAACAGGCUGGAAAGAAGUUCAAGGGGAGCCUUUUACUAAGGUCAAUCAAUGUGCUGUUUGAUGUUUCACCAGUUUGACCUUGUGUUCAAAAUACUUGGUUACAAUGCCAGGUCCUUGAGUUGAAUGUCAGGUGAAGUCAAACUUUAUGCAAAGAUACGAAAAAUUUAAUUUUAUAUGGUUGCUUGUGUUUUGAGUACUAACUACAUUAUAAAUUACCUCAAUUUUAAACCCCCCUGACGAAAACGGUGGUGUAAUAUGUUUGUGGUAUGGAUCUGUGUUUCUGUUUAUCUGUCUGUGGCACCAUAACUCCUGAACGGAUGUGCCUUAAUCAAGAAUGUUCUUAGUUAUGUUUCAAGAAAAUCUGUUCAAGAGUUUGAAGAUCAUCUGCUGUUUUUGUUUUGUGGGUUUUGAACAUUUUUAAUUUUAGUUAUAUUAGAUAAGGUUUACCAUAAAGUAAUGUGAAGUUAUUAUUGCGACAUCUAGUGUCGGGUAACAAAAUAUGUUUGUCGACCAUUGAGUCUUUGCAUAAGAGACAUAAAUGUAUCUAUUCAUACAAACAUAAAUGGCGAUUUUUCUAAGUAAAUUACAGUAUUACUGCAACAUCUCAUGUUAAGUACCUAAAAUUGUUUAAUCCUGGAAAUUUUGAAGAUUAAUAAAGAUGUAUUAAAUCUCGAUUUACAAAAUCUUAUGGUUCUCACUCGAACUGAUGACGAUUAGCAUACGAGGGUGACACUGAAAGUUCUUAGCAAAUCAAAAACUGAACAAACUAGCAAGUUUAGUUUUAUUAUAUCUUUUCAAAAUAGUGUCCAUUUACAGCAAUACAUCGCCACUGAGAAAAGCACUUUGCCCACUCGUCCUUAGGGGUGUCUUCGACGGCAAUUUGAAACGCAGCCACUGCUACGUUAAAAUAAUAAAACGUUUUCCUCGAAGGUUUUCUUUUAUUUUCGGAAAUAAAUAAAAAUUGCAAGGCGCGAGGUCGGGGCUAUAGGGCGGGUGACCCAGUAAUUCCAUGUCUGACGUUUCCAAGUAGUCGAUUGUUUGCUUGGCGGUGUGCGACGAGGCGUUGUCGUAGUGAAGGAGGAUCCUACUGCGAGGUUGUUUCUCCCGAAUUUUUUCCAAGACAAGUGGCAAACAAUUGUUAGUGUACCACUCUGCAGUAACUGUGUUUCGAUCCUCUAAAAUAAUAGUUGGCGUAAUGACCUGUCCUUCCGAAGAACGAGGCCAUCUUUUUUCCCACGCUUCGACCUCUCUUCACUUUAGUUGGCAAAUCCUCGGAAGGAAACACCUAGACAUCAGUCAGUCUCUUAGUUUCAGGAUCAUAACAAUAAAUCCAGCUUUCGUCACCCGUAAGUAUGUCGAACGCAGCAUUUGAGUCACCUCCAUUAAAUCAUUGAACCAUUUCACGACAACAAUCAACACGACGAAGUUUUUGGAGCCUCUGUCAAAUUAUGAGGUAUCCACCGGGCACAAAGUUUCCUGACCGCUAAAUGUUUAUUGAGGAUUUGUGCACUUGACUCAUACCGAUGCCUAAGCUUGUCCAAAUCUGCUGAUAAGUCACUCUUUUGUCGGUCUCUAUGAUACGCCGCACAACACUGAUGUUGUCUUCAGUCGUCGCCGUAGAAGGCCGUCCCUCACGCAGAUCAUCAGUGAGAUUAGUGCGACCACAUUUAACCUCAUAAAACCAGUUGUAAACAGUAGCACGAGAUGGGGCUUCAUCGUGAAAGGCCAAUCUAAGUCUAUCAUAACUUUCUUGUUGAUUUAAAUGACAUCGAAAGUCAUAAAAAUCAUUGUAUGAAAAUUUUCUCGCGUUAAAUUCUCGUAAAAUUUUCUCGCGUUAAAUUCAUGCUGACGUGACACAAUAUUUUCAAUUUGCCGCCAAAUCGUAAACAAAUGACAAUAAAAUACAUACACAAUAAUUGGCAGAGUUCCAUUUUCAUUUUUUUUUUAUUAUAUCGUUUAAAAGUGGCCAUUUCUAAAAACUUUCAGUGUUGCCCUCGUAAAACAUUUCUGUAUUAUGUUUUAAUAGCCAGUCAUGUAAAAAAUUUUGGAUGUUGCACAAUUGUCAGUAUACAUUCCUUACAUUGCUUAUGUGUGAUUAUGGCGACACUGGUUUUGGUACAAUUUAUGUGCUUUACCACUUCCUAUCGCUUUAUUAUUCUGUUGCUUACUAUGUGUUAGUGUCUCUAUGUUGGUGCUUGCACUUGAGGCUAGGGUUGGCAACCCAUUAUUUAUAAUAUUAUCUAGUAUUAGGGGCCCGAACACUAUAUUUCUAAAAAACAAAUUAGAUGAGACUACUCUACUAAUCAUCAUGCUAGGCUGGUGUACUCGUGAUCGCAGGUCUUACAAUCUCACAACUUUGACCGUCGCCGGCAUUAUAUUCGACCUGAUAUGAAAUGGUAAUAGUGCCGUUUGUUGAAAGCCUUUGGAAUUUUCUAAGCCAACCCUUACCAUGUGGUGAUAUUGGGUGAUGGAUUGAAUUACAUUGCCAUCCGAUGUCAAAUCAUCAAUAUAGACAAAUUGAUUAGCAUAUUAAAUAAAAAAUGUUGAAUAUUGUUUACAGAAUUUCUUGCUUGGAAAAAGGAAGUGGAGAAGAAAACGAAAGUCAAGUAUGCUUUACUUGAAAAAUACAAGUCAAAGAAAAUCUACCAUUGUACUUUUUCACCGUAUGAUCGUAAUUUUUACAAUAGUAACACAAUAUACUGCUGCCCUGCCACUAUUUCUGUUCAAGAGUUCUCUGAAGGUGUACAAGUUCAAUUCCAUACGGAGCAUUUUGGCCAUGCCUGUGAUGCCUAUGUUAUAACUGAGAAAUAUAGGAAAUAUUCACUAACGUCAUUACUUCAAAAUACAGAUGUGUAUGCAACAAUAGAUAAUCCAAAUGUUAAUAAGAAGGAUCUGUAUUUCCAAUUUCAAAGGCUCAUGGAGUGUAUUGUAGUGAAUGCUGGUAAAUUAAAUGUUGAAGCGCUUAAAGUUUUGUAUGGUAGAGCUCUGGCAAUGACUUUUGUGUUAAAUAAUUAUAUAGAGGACACUGACUUAAGCUAUUCGUUCAUGAAUAAUAUAAUUUGGGAACUUGGGAACCUUGAGAAUAAACAAGGUACAGAAAAUAAUUCGUUGUUAUAUCCUAAUAAACCACCGGAUCCGCCUAUUUUGAGGCAAUUUGUAUCACCACAACCUAAACAGGCUGACCACAACAUGCAAUCUACACAAAAUGUAAUGAUGAUGUCCGUGAUCAACGACCCAAAUAAAAUUAGCAGACGCUUUAAUAUACCACAUAAACUCGCUGACCAAAAUGAGCCAUUUCCGCAAAAUUCGAUAUUGAUGUCCAUGCUCAAUGCCCCAAAUAAAAUUAAUGAAUUCUUCAAUUUAACACAUCCAGUCAUGAGUAAAACACAAAGUGAACUGAACAGC